GGAAGCCGCGGGCUGCAGAGCGCGGCCGCUGCCGCCGCCUCUCGAGCAGCCGGAGCGCUAGGCACAGGGGGGCUGCCCAGCCCAGCCCAGCCCAGCCUGCGACGCCUUGGGGUGCACGUGUCUCAUUGACUCCAGUCAUUUAUGUGCUUUUGAAAAAUCCCACCUUCAAGUGUUUAAGUGCUGCUUGGAGAUUCCAGAAAUUGACUGCCUGCAGGAAAUCAUGAGGUCACAGUACGUCACAGUGCCUAUAGUAACUAUCCUGCUGUUCUUAUUAUGGAUUCCACCAUCAAUGGGCUGCAAUAAGGCUCUCUGUGCUAGUGAUGUCAGUAAAUGUCUGAUACAGGAGCUAUGUCAAUGCCGACCUGGCGAAGGAAACUGUUCCUGUUGCAAAGAGUGCAUGCUUUGCCUAGGCACACUUUGGGAUGAGUGCUGUGAUUGUGUUGGUAUGUGCAAUCCUCGCAACUACAGUGACACCCCUCCAACUUCCAAGAGCACUGUAGAGGAGCUGCAUGAACCAAUCCCUUCCCUCUUCCGGGCACUCACAGAAGGGGAUACUCAGCUGAACUGGAAUAUUGUUUCCUUCCCUGUUGCAGAAGAACUGUCACAUCAUGAGAAUCUAGUGUCAUUUUUAGAAACAGUUAACCAGCCGCAGCACCAGAAUGUCUCUGUUCCAAGCAACACUGUCCACACACCAUACUCCAGCGACAAAGAAAACAUGUGCACUGUGGUCUAUUUUGAUGACUGCAUGUCAAUACAUCAGUGCAAGAUCUCUUGUGAGUCCAUGGGAGCAUCAAAAUACCGGUGGUUUCACAAUGCCUGCUGUGAGUGUAUUGGGCCAGAAUGUAUCGACUAUGGCAGUAAAACUGUAAAAUGUAUGAACUGCAUGUUUUGAAGCAGAGAAGCAGUAGAAUAGUAAUGUGGAGGCCAAAGCAGCGUCUCUUAAUUAAAAAGAUGGGGAUUGGAAGUAUUGCAUUAUGGGAUAUGUUCUGGGAGCAACUAAACAUGAAUGAUUUGAGAAAAGAUGUAUACAAUUCAAAGCAUAGCUGUAAUUUUUUUUUUCUUUUUAAAUCCUGUAAACAAUGCUAAUUGGCAAAUGUUUCAACUGUAUUGUUUAUUUUUUCCUUAUUCUUAGUCGAGUAGCAUAACCAUCCUCCUGCUUCCUGUCCUGAUUGUUUUGCUUUGAUCUGAAUAUAUUGCCUAUACUCAUUUUCAGAAUGUAAUGUUGUAUUUAGCAGUUCAGAAUAGUGAAGCCUCAAUAAGAUUCCCAUUAUUUAGAAGUUCCACAAGUGCUCAAAUAGAUAAUGCUCUUCCAUGUAUGUUUUAUAACUCUCCAGUAUAAGAGCCAUAAGACUCCAGUGGCUUAUGGUCUUACACCAGUGGCCCAGACUCCUAUUGUGAAAAUGUCCUCAAAAAUAAGAAAACAUUUUUUUUUUUCAACUUCAAAACUGGAACUGUAAUAGAUAAAAUCCCAGCCCUAAGCAGGGUGUCCCACCCACUACAAUACCAUGUGUGUGACAUCAUUCCUCCAGCUGUUAUAUGCCUCCAUUCCUGCAGGCAAGGUAUUGCAUUUCAUAAAGAAAUCUUGUUCCCAUCAGUGCACUCUUCUUAUAAACCAAAAUAAAGCUGGUAAGUUUAGUCAUGUCCACUUGCUAUUGCACUCUUUGUGGGUUGUCUUAUCCCUGGAAACUCAGUGCUGUGCUGCAAAUUUGGAAGGUGGUUAUUAUGAACAGAAAAAAUAGCAUGUAUAAACUGGGAAUUAAACUGCAUAUCCUAAUAAGCUCAGCAAGUUUAUUUGUUGAGUAACUGGCAGUUGUCACAUUACCACAUUUGGUACUGCUCUGUGGAACACUUAUUCUAACUGUUUGGUUUGGCUUUGAGGUUGGUUUUGAUUCAGAUUUAUGAUAUAAAAGGACUUAAUGGGGAAGUAAUUAUCUCUGAGACAAAUGAGCAUUCUCUGAAUAUGGAACACUUUGUCCAUUUUGCUGUGUUUUAAUAUACGGAGUAGUAGGCAACUGCAAAUUAUAAGGUAAUUACUAUGGUACCAUUAGGUUUUUCCUGUGAUGAUGGCAUAGAAACCACAAGAAUAAAGUCUGAGUACAAUUGUGAUCUCGCCAGAAACUCAUGAUAGUGUUUAUAACAAUAACGUUUUUUAAGUUUACUAAUUUUUUAUAUAGAUGAAUUUGACUAUUCCUGUUUCUCCCUCUCGCCUCAAUCUCUCUAGGUCAAACUGCCUCCUACCAACAUGUUCCUAAACACCGAGAUCAAUUAUUUUCAACUCUCAUUUUAUUUGAAAAAUUGACUUGGGGAAUUUUUAGUUAUCCUGAUACAUACAACUCUUCAAAUAAGAAAAAUCUAAAAAUGUCUGCUAUUGUGCAGGACUUAAUUUUUUUAACAGUUUUCCAGGUAUUACUUGAAAGCUGGAGGUUUGCUUAAACUUUUGAACUGGUGGUAAACAAAACUUUUUCCUAUCUAGUUGGGAUGUAUGGGGAAAAGUUUUGAAUUCAUGGUUUCUGGGCAAAGGGCAAAGAUCAGCCUAAACUGAAGGAAAUGUUAUUUCGUCUUCUUUUUAUGGUUUGUUCCUUGCAUCUUUUCCAAUUUUUUUUUUUUUUUUUUUUUUUUUUUUUUUG